GCCCACACCCUCCGGAGCAAAGCCCGGAGUCUGGAGUCAGGUUCAGCGGCAGGAGCUGGAAGAGGAACCCGGAGAGAGGCUGCGGUCCCCGGUGUGCGCAGCGCGGGGGUCCCGGUGCUCACGGACAUUUCGCUCUAGAAUGACGCGGAGAUCCGGGUCUGACACGCUCUGACCCGGGCCGAAGCGGAACAAAGAGGGAUAAACUUGGGCUGAACUCGCGCGCAGAUGUCCUCCAGCCUGGAGCCCACCCCGGAGCUGACGGUGGAGCAGGCCGGGCCGGGAGCGAGGAUGAACGGACACUGGAGCCGCGGGGAGCCCGGGGAGGAGGCGCGGACCGCGGGGGGGAUGAAGGUGACGGACCGAGGCGGCGACGAGGAGCAGCGCGGUCUUCUGGAGUCCAGUCUUCGUCUUAAACCUCAUGAGGCUCAGUCCUGGAGGAGAAAAGCUCUGAUCAUCUCCUGGACCAGUGUCGUCAUAACAACAGGACUGUCAAUCUCUGCCUUUGGUAACACAGAUGACUUCCUGUUGUGCGUCUCUGUCCUCAGUGGGGCGCUCUGUUCUGUUUUGGCCGUAUUCAAAAUGUUCCUGGGUCGAGUUCUGACGAGUCGCGCCCUCAUCACCGACGGUUUUAACUCGUUGGUGGGGGCGCUCAUGGGCUUCUCGAUUCUUCUCGCUGCUCUCGUUUUCCGGAAUCAUCCGGACGUUUGGUUUUUGGACGGAACCUUCGGCGUCUUGAUCAGCGUCGUCAUCCUCACCUACGGCAUCAAGUUGUUGUUGGACAUGAUUCCUCGAGUUCGUCAGACGUCUCAGUACGAGCGAUUCGACUGAGACGCUCUUCCUCUCGCUCAAACUCCCCAAGACCAAAGUCCCAGCGUCCAAGAGUCCAAGAGUCCAAGAGUCCAGGACCUCCAGACCCUUAAACCAGUUUCUCAGUUUUCUCUCUUUUUCUCUUUUUGGUUCUGUUCAGUUUCUGUUUUGAACAAA